AUGGAUUCAUUCGUUCCGCGACUGCUAUAUCAAGAAUUUGUGGGCAAGAGACAGACUUUCUAUUUCUUUCUUCGCGUUUCCUCUUUCAUUCUUUUCUUUCUUUUUCUUUCUUUCCUUCCUUUCUUUCUUUUUCUUUCCUUGCUUUCUUUGUUUUGCCCUUAUCUCUCCGAGCUUUCUCUCUCACUUUCUUUCUUUUUUUUUUCUGUUAGAUUUUCCGUCUUUGUUUUUCAUUUUGGUGUUUUCUUUUCUUUUCUUUUCUUUUCUUUUCUUUCUUCUUUCUGCUUUUCCUAUUUUCCUUACUUUCUUUGUUUUUUCUCUUUCUUUGCUUUUCUUCUUUCUUUAUUUGCUUUCCCCCUUUCUUUCUUUCUUUCUUUCUUGCCUUUUCCUUUUUCUUUCUUUCUUGCCUUUUCCUUUUUCUUUCUUUAUUUGCUUUUCCUCUUUCUUUCUUCUUUGUUUUUCCUCUUUCUUUCUUUCUUUCUUUCUUUGCUUUCCCCCUUUCUUUAUUUGCUUUUCCUCUUUCUUUCUUCUUUGCUUUUCCUCUUUCUUUCUUUCUUUCUUUCUUUGCUUUUUUCCUUCUUUGCUUUUUCACUCUUUAUUUCUUUAUUUGCGUUUACACUUUCUUUCUUUGUCUCUCUUUCUUAUCUUUUCUAA